AUGCGGUUCUUUAUGCGCGCAAUCACCAACUACGAUGAGGGUCUGCAGAAACAUCCUGGAACCUUCGAUCUGGCGUACAACAAAGCACGAGUUCAAUAUGAAAUCACCCAGCAUCCUAAAUUAGCUGCCCAAUUACCCGCAGCCCAGGGGGAGCUCCUGCAGGUUGCAUUGCAAUCGCACCGGGAUGCGCUGGCUCUGGAACAGGACAAUGCUGACGUGUUGUUCAACUCGGGCCAGGUGCUGACAAGUCUGGCAGAGCUGCUGUCCAAUUCCAAGCAUCCAGGCGAGGAGCAAAUGAUGCAGGCAGGGACUUACCUGCAGGAGGCGAUUGAGUUGUUCCAGCGGUGUUUAAUCGUACAAGAGAUGAAGUACACCCAGAUGCAAGAGGACAUGGAGCAGAUGGAAGAGAUAGCGUCUGGGAAUGUCCCACCGCCAACGUCAGAGCCAGAGGCUGUAUCACAGCCGGAACCGACAAAGACGGGCUCCGACGAGCAAGAGCAGUGGGCGAUGAUUGUUGAGCCUGUCACGAAAAAUACUCUGGUCGAUACCGCCGUUGCCCAGUUGGACACUCUGACCACCCUGUGCAACUUGCUGACAUCGAGCCCGGGUGCUGGUGGCGUUGGCUGGGUGCAGGAGUAUUCGUCAGAGCUCGCGCAUUCCCGACUGCCCGUUUACGUCGAAAGCUCCGACAGACAGUACGAGGCGGCCUUGGCACGCGCUAAGCUCAUUUGUGCCCUGAAUGACCUGCUGUACCGAGGUGGACAUACCGAUGUUCAAACUUAUCAGCAGGAAGUCGGACAGGUCUUCGGCCCCGAACUAGACGUGUCUGAAGAUCCUGACGGAUUGUGUGCGAAAGCAGAGGCACUCGUCUCACUCAACCAGGCACUCUCUGACAUCCCCCCAUCUGACGACGACGAAACGUCACAAAGUGCAAUCACCCUGCGUUGGAAGUCUCUCUCGACCGCCCUGGAUUCUUUGACAGCUGCCUCCAAACACUCCGAUGCCUCCAACGUGCCCAAGAUCCAUAUCGGGCGUGGAGAUGCGGAGAUGCAUAGAUGGCGUCUUGGUCGUGCCCCGUGGAAUCACAAUAUGGCAAAGCAGGGUGGCGCCACGCUUCUGCGCAAUGCCCAAACCUACUACCGUGGCGGCGCUGCUCUGGCGAGACGCGACGGAGCCGCCGAGGAAGAAUUCGAAGGUACCUGCAAGGAAGCAAUUGCCGCAGCAAUCGAUGGCCAGAACACGAAACUCCAGCAGCUCAAGGCAACAAACCUCCAACAGGUGAUCGCUGUGGCUCAGGACAUGGUGGAGGACGGAAUGGUAGACGGGAUGGAACUUAGCGCCCUGAUCUCAUGA